CCGCCCACAGCAAUGGCCGCCGGGAUUCCUCUACCUUUAUCCGACCCCAAGCCCCACUCCCAAUCCCAGCUGCCACCCUCCCAUCCCUCCCUUCUCCCACGCCCCAGUCGCCGCCCAUUCUUCCUCGUCCUUUACCACAACCAAUGCUCCUCUCCUCCGCCGCCGCUCUUCCCCCUCCCUCCAUACCACCGGCGCUGCAACCCCCACCCCAUCACCUCCUCUCGAACAGCGACGAGAGGUAGCACGGCAUACCAAUACCUCCCAUCCUGUUUUAAUCUAACCGCGGGGAGAGAUAGCGAGGGUCACGCCUUCUCCUCAUCUUUCUCCCGGCCUCUCCCCACCGCCGCCGCGAGAGCCGGACCGCCUCUCAAGAAAAGCCGCCGCGCCUCCUCCUCCUCUCUCCGGCCCAUCCGGUUCGAUGCGAACCGCCGAGUUAUGUGUAACCGUCCGCCGGUUCGUAAUGUUCUUUCCGGUUCCUGUAUCUCAGCGGUUGAACUUUGAACAGUUUGUGGAAUUGCGGCACGUGUAAGCUCCUUUCUUACCACGCCCGGAUCUAAUCAAACGGCUGCGAUUAAGUCGUCUCAGUCCGAAUGCAGGUAGAGUCAUGGAUUCCGUCGUCUUCAUAUAUAUUGAAACUAAUCAGAGCAGCGGGCGGCAGCCUGGGAAACGGGAACAAAAAGCUCAAAUUGGCGCGCGUCUCCGCCGCCGUUCUCUCCCCCCUCGGAAACCCUAGCAGAGCCUCCCAUCUCUUCUCCCUUCCCGUCUCGAUCAAAACCCUAACCCCGGAGUCUUCCUUUCCUUUCGUCUCUUCUGUCUUCGGGCGCAGGAAUAUGGCAUCGUCGGUGCUCUCGGACUGCUCUUUGCCGGCGCCGGCUCGGCUUCUUCCAUUCCAGAGGAGCGUCCAAAGUCGGACGUCCCAAUUCCAGCGCUCGGUUUCGUUCGCGUGGAGGCCCUUGAGCCUGAGUGCGAUUCGAUCCACUGCCUCUCCUCAUUGGAGCUUAUCGGCCUCCGCAUCAGUGGCUGUAACUACUGAAACUUCUGCUAAGGUUAUUGAUGGCAAGGCAGUUGCAAAGCAGAUAAAAGACGAAAUUGCUGGAGAAAUAGUGAGGAUGAAGGAUGGGAUUGGGAUUGUUCCAGGAUUGGCAGUCAUUCUGGUAGGUUCUCGGAAGGACUCUCAAACAUAUGUUCGCAAUAAGAAGAAGGCUUGUGAAGCUGUGGGUAUCAAGUCUUAUGAAGCUAAUUUGCCUGAAGACAGCACUGAAGAAGAAGUGCUUAAGCACAUUGCUUGCUUUAAUGAUGAUCCAUCAGUUCAUGGCAUCCUGGUUCAGUUGCCUCUGCCUCGUCAUAUGAAUGAGGAGAAAAUUUUGAAUGCCAUUGGUUUAGAGAAAGAUGUGGAUGGUUUCCAUCCAUUGAAUAUUGGCCGUCUUUCUAUGCAAGGUAGAGAUCCUUUGUUUGUUCCCUGUACCCCUAAAGGGUGCAUGGAGUUGUUGCACAGGUAUGGUGUAGAGAUCAAAGGGAAGAGAGCGGUUGUGAUUGGGCGGAGCAAUAUUGUUGGAAUGCCUGCUGCAUUAUUGUUGCAAAAAGCAAAUGCAACCAUUAGCAUGGUGCACUCAUACACUAAGAACCCUGUGGAAAUCACAAGACAGGCAGAUAUCAUCAUUUCAGCUGCUGGAGUAGCUAAUUUGGUGAGGGGUAGCUGGAUAAAGCCUGGUGCAGUUGUGAUAGACGUUGGGAUCAAUCCAGUUGAUGAUGCUCAAAGCCCUCGUGGUUAUCGACUGGUUGGUGAUGUCUGUUAUGAAGAGGCCUGUAAGGUAGCUUCUGCUAUUACACCAGUUCCUGGUGGAGUUGGUCCAAUGACCAUAGCCAUGCUACUAUCCAACACACUCAGCUCAGCAAAAAGGAUACACGAUUUCAAUAAUCAUAAAAAAGCAUAUGCGGGGUGCAUGUACAUUCUUUCUCCUGAGGCGUUAUCAACCAUCUAAAGUGCCAUCUGAUGUUUCACUUGUAUUAGAUGGAACUCUGGAGGCAAUGGAUUGCACAAUUGGCGUAGCCCUUCUCCUAGUAUCGGUUUCAAUUCUAAUGUACUGAGAAAACUCUUUAUCUUCUAAAAUGCUUGCCCUCAAUGCAAUAGGAUUUGAUUGCCAAACCCAGGAAGAACUGACUCCCAUGGUGGUAAAUUAAGAUUGUGCAUGUCAAAGUUGGUGGAUGAGAAUUCGAGGGGUUCAACUCAGUUUGGCUCCAUGUGGAUUUUAAGUCGGUGGCAUGUAACAUUCCCGGUAUCCCACCACCCCACUUUUAUAUAGGGCAUACCACCUGGCUGAAAACU